AUGGUAGGCAUAUUGGCUGAUAAGUAUAGCACUAAAAAAAUUUGGCACUUAACUGGUUGCGUAUUAGUUACUUGUACAUUCCCAUUGCUUUUUGUAAGAUGUUGGGGCUGCUACAUAAAUGAAAACCUAGACUACCUCUCAUGGUGGAUGCCGUUGUACUAUGCAUCUCUCAUAGUUGUGUUCCAAAUAGGAUGGGCAAUAGUUCAAAUUUCUCACUUAGCGAUAAUACCAUCGAUUUCGGAUUCCCUACAAGUUCGUUCCGAAUUAACUUCAAUUAGGUACAUGGCAUCCGUUUUAUCAAGCUUGACUGUCUAUUUUAUCACGUGGAUCGUCUUGAAAGCUACAAGCUACAGUAAUUUUAUCGGACCCGCGGAUGAUUACAAAUUCAGGGAAGUAUCGCUAAUAAUAACAGGAAUCGGAAUAUCAACUUUUGUCGUGUUUCACGUCUUUUUUAAGAAUAGACUUUUAACGAAUUAUAAAAAUGCCAACGAAAUAUCGACCAACGGAAAACAUCAAAAUAUUGAACAUGGUGCACCGUCCAAACUACCAGUGACUUCAAAAAUUUUGCACUUUUUACGUAUGCCACUUUUAUAUCAAACAAGUUUACUAUAUGUGUUUUCGCGUCUGUACUGGGCAUUGAGUCUAGUCUAUGUUCCAUUGUUUUUAGAAGAGAGAUUAUCUGUGAAUCCUAGUGAAGGCUCUGAACUAGUAGCGAGUGUUCCACUAGUGCUCUAUAUAUCCUCAUUGUUCUUUUCAUUUCUUCUGAAAAGCAAGAUUAGCAGCUGUGGCAAUCAGGUGGCGUAUUUAGUAGGGAGUCUGUUAAGCUUCAUAAGUUGCCUCUGGAUAGCUCUGGCCAUACAUCCGCAGGCUAGCAUCGUACAGAUAUAUCUAGUUGCUACAUUAAUUGGUGCUGGGAGUUCUAUAACUCUCGUCUCAAGCCUCUGCGUUACGGCAGAUUUAAUAGGACCUCACACUCAUCAGGGCGCCUCCGUGUAUUCUAUUGUAACGUUUGCAGACAAACUAGUAACUGGCAUCGCAGUGGUGGCCAUCGAAAAUUAUAAAUGCGACGAUGUCUCAGUCUGCCCGCAGUACUACCGAGGAGUGCUGACAUACGCGUGUGGCGGUAGUGCCGUCCUAGGCAUCCUAUCCCUUUCUGUCACUACAUUCCUAUCCAAA